AUGGGAGGUCGUCGAAGUCAAGCUCUUCGACUUGAAGGUCGUCGAAGCCAAGGACGUCGAACUGGCGGUUGGCGAAGCCAAGGAGGCGAACUGGCGGUUGUCAAAGCCGAGGAUGUCAAAUUGGAGGUCGUUCAAGUCAAGGUCGUCAAAUCAGAGGUCGUCAAAUUGAAGGUUGUCAAAUUGGAGGUCGUCGAAGUCAAGCUCUUCGACUUGAAGGUCGUCGAAGUCAAGGUCAUCGAAGUCAAGGUCGUCCAACUCGAGGUCUUUGAAGUCAAGGUCGUCGAAGUCCACGUCGUCGAACUGAAGAUUGACAAAGUCAAGAUCUUCGAAGUCAUGGUCACCAAAGUCGAGGUCGUCGAGCUGAAGUUUGCCAAAGUCAAGGUCGUCAAAGUCAAGGUAACCGAAGUCGAGGUCGUCGAAUUAGAGGUCGUCAAAGUCAAGAUCUUCGACUUGGAGGCUGCCCAAAUCAAGGUCGUCGAAUUAGAGUUUGUCGAAGUCGAAGUCUUCGAAGGCAAGGUAACCGAAGCCGGGGACGUCGAAUCGGAGGUCGUCGAAUGGGAGGUCGUCGAAGUCAAGCUCUUCGACUUGAAGGUCGUCGAAGUCAAGGUCAUCGAAGUCAAGGUCGUCCAACUCGAGGUCUUUGAAGUCAAGGUCGUCGAAGUCCACGUCGUCGAACUGAAGAUUGACAAAGUCAAGAUCUUCGAAGUCAUGGUCACCAAAGUCGAGGUCGUCGAGCUGAAGUUUGCCAAAGUCAAGGUCGUCAAAGUCAAGGUAACCGAAGUCGAGGUCGUCGAAUUAGAGGUCGUCAAAGUCAAGGUCGUCGAACUGAAGUUUGCCAAAGUCAAGGUCGUCAAAGUCAAGGUAACCGAAGUCGAGGUCGUCGAAUUAGAGGUCGUCAAAUUCAAGAUCUUCGACUUGGAGGCUGUCCAAAUCAAGGUCUUCGAAACGGCGGUUGGCGAAGCCAAGCUUGUCAAAUUAUAG